UGUCAUCACCUGAGGUUGCUCGGAGAGCCAGGGGAGUACGAAGGGGUUAUUGGGUGUAUACAGCAGAGGAGGAGUAAUUGGAACUCCGUUUUGUACAUGCAGCAGUACUUCUCGGUGGCAGAGGUGGUGUAUGCCUUGCAACAAGUGGAAUCUAGAAAGCAAAGGAGGGGCUUUGAUAAUGGUGGGUUCAAGGGAAGGAGGACUGGUGGCGGUGGCAGAGGCUAUUGGAGAAAUGAGGGAUUGAGAGAAAGCGGGUGUCAGAAUUAUGUUGCUGAGGCUAUCAGUAAUAAGGAUUCAAAGGCCAAUGGUAUUGAGAAGUCUGAUGGGGCUGACAAAGAAUUGGAAAUGAAACAAGCUGACAAGAAAGAAUAUUCUGAAAGAUCCGAGUCAAAUAUUUUGAUGAUGAGUUUGGGGAAUAGUCAAUCUGAUGACUUGCAAAGUGAGGCUAAUAAAGACGAUAAAUGUACUGCAAAAUCUGAUGGGUCUUGUGGUGUGGAGAAUGAAUGUAAUUCCACACAAGUACCACAUGGGAAGCAGAACCAUACAAUCACUCCAAAAACUUUUGUUGGUAAAGAGUUUUGUGAUGGGAAAAUGGUUAAUGUAGUCGAUGGACUGAAAUUAUAUGAAGAACUACUUAGUGAUUCAGAAGUAUCGAAACUUUUGUCUAUGGUAAAUGAGUUGAGAGUUGCUGGGAAAAGUGGUCAGCUUCAAGGGCAAACAUUUGUAGUCUCAAAGAGACCCAUGAAGGGGCAUGGGAGAGAAAUGAUUCAAUUAGGUAUUCCCGUUACUGAUGUUACUGAAAAUGAAGCUGCUGCCGGAAUAUCCAAAGAGAAGAAAGUAGAUACCAUUCCUGUCUUACUGCAAGAAGUUAUUGAUUCAUUGGCUUCUAAGCAAGUGGUCCCCAUCAAGCCUGAUUCGUGCAUGAUUGAUAUCUUCAAUGAGGGAGAUUACUCACAACCAAAUAUGUGGCCUCUUUGGUUUGGACGGCCAAUAAGUGUGCUCUUUCUGACAGAAUGUGAUAUUACAUAUGGAAAAAUGAUUGACUCACACAAUCGCGGGGAAUAUCGGGGCUCUCUCCGCCUUUCUCUUGCACCAGGGUCCAUGCUAGUCAUGCAAGGGAAGUCAGCUGAUUUUGCAAAACAUGCAAUCCCAUCUCUCCAGAAACAGCGAAUCAUCCUUACUUUAACAAAGUCUCAGCUUGAUAAAACUGCAGCAUCUGGAAAUAGUCCUCGUGGCCCAACAUACACUGGACCACUUUCCCCACAUACACAGUACCACCCACCUAGCAAGCCACCAAAUCACAUUAUCCGCCCUUCAGCUCCGAAGCAUUAUAAUGGUCCAGUAGUGUCAACAUCAUGUGUCAUACUGCCACCGGGACCAGCUGCUUGCCCGCAACUACUACCUUCUAAUGGGGUCCAGCCGAUGUUUGUUUCUACCCCCGUCCCACCACCACAGCUGCCUUUUCCUUCCCCACCGGUAGCCUCUGCUGGUUGGAAUGCCACACCCGCCCCAACAAAUCCUCCACCGCCACGUUUACCAGUCUCCGGCACCGGUGUUUUUUUUCCUCCAAGCUCAGGAAAUUCACCAAACCAAUCACUGGUAGUAUCAACAACUCCUUCAGCCACGGAUAGUGCUCUAGAGGAAGAUACAUUCCCGCCUUCUGAAAAAUACAGUGGUGGGCCCGAGGCCUUGAAUCAUGAGGAUGGUUCUACCCCAGAAGGUAAAGUAGAAGUUGAUGUGGAGGUCCAAGAGAAGGUAGAGGAGCUCCUCAAUGGAAACACUGAAAAUAGUCAUGUUGGAGAGGAUCAGUGAAAGGCGACACUGAGCAAGGUUUUUAUAAGCCUAGCUAAAAGUCUAAAACAAACUGGGGAGAAUAUUUUUGGUAAACUAUUGCUUUUGCUGUUGAUAAAAAGUUUUAAUUCUGUCAACUGUAAGGGCUUUGAUGACAGGGGAGGGGGUUAAGGUUUAUUGUCCUACUGGCCUCCCAAUUUUGCAUCCUAUAAA